CCAGGAUGCCACCCCAGUAGCCCGGUGGAGUAGCAGGUAGCCCCGGGCCCACCCACCUGGGCCUCACUGGACUUUCCAGCCCCGUGACAGAUGAGAAAAGGAGUCCAGCCAACGAGGAGACCCAGUUGGCCCUCCUGGAGGCCCUAGUCCGUCGACUAUUUACUAAGCGCCCACCGGGCGCAGAGCACUGGACUAAGCGCUGGGGAAGAGGACAGCAGCCCGUCACUCAACAUGGUCUUGAACACCGAGGACGGGGAGGUUCCCAACGACCUGACUCCCGAGGAGCGCCAGGAACUCGAGAACAUCCGCCGGCGGAAGCAGGAACUGCUGGCCGACAUACAGCGGCUAAAGGAUGAGAUAGCGGAAGUGACGACUGAAAUUGAGAACCUGGGGUCCACGGAAGAGCGGAAAAACAUGCAGAGGAACAAGCAGGUGGCUAUGGGCAGGAAGAAAUUCAAUAUGGACCCCAAAAAGGGCAUCCAGUUCUUAAUCGAGAACGACCUCCUGAAGAACACGUGUGAAGACAUCGCACAGUUCUUGUACAAAGGGGAAGGGCUGAACAAGACGGCCAUCGGUGACUACCUGGGAGAGAGAGAUGAAUUUAACAUCCAAGUCCUUCACGCCUUCGUGGAGCUGCACGAAUUCACCGACCUCAACCUCGUCCAGGCGCUAAGGCAGUUCCUGUGGAGCUUCCGCCUUCCGGGAGAGGCCCAGAAGAUCGAUCGGAUGAUGGAGGCGUUCGCCCAGCGCUACUGUCAGUGCAACCAUGGCGUCUUCCAGUCCACCGAUACCUGCUACGUCCUGUCCUUCGCCAUCAUCAUGCUGAACACCAGCCUUCACAACCCCAACGUCAAGGACAAGCCCACGGUGGAGCGGUUCGUGGGCAUGAACCGCGGCAUCAACGAUGGGGGUGACCUCCCCGAAGAGCUCCUCAGGAACCUGUACGAGAGCAUCAAAAACGAGCCCUUCAAAAUCCCGGAGGACGACGGGAACGACCUCACCCACACCUUCUUCAACCCGGACCGGGAGGGUUGGCUGCUAAAGCUCGGCGGCAGAGUGAAGACGUGGAAAAGGCGCUGGUUCAUCCUGACAGACAACUGCCUCUACUACUUCGAGUACACGACGGAUAAGGAGCCCCGGGGGAUUAUCCCAUUGGAGAACCUGAGUAUCCGGGAGGUGGAAGACUCCAAAAAACCCAACUCCUUCGAGCUGUACAUCCCCGACAACAAAGACCAGGUGAUCAAAGCCUGUAAGACAGAAGCAGACGGGCGGGUGGUCGAGGGGAACCACACGGUCUACCGCAUCUCCGCUCCGACGCCCGAAGAGAAGGAAGAGUGGAUGAAAUGCAUCAAGGCUGCCAUCAGCAAGGACCCCUUCUACGAGAUGUUGGCCACCCGAAAGAAGAAAGUGUCCUCCACAAAGAGACAUUGAGCACCUAGGCCGGCCAAGAUGGCUCACAGUCCUCCCCUUUCCCCCCCACCUAAGGCCGCGGAGGGGUGACCCGCCCCCUUCCCACGAUCUCCCCCAGCCCGGGUCAGAAGACGGGGUGGGUCGCUGGGCCCGACCCUCCGCUACCA